AUGAGCAGAAAGAGAUCUUGGGACUCAGAUUUAGAGUCUGAUAAUUUUCAUUUCGAAAACACGAGCUCAUCAAGCUUACCCUCAACACCACCCUCUUUGUCACAACUUUACUCAUCGCCUGUUUGCAAACGAUUCCAAGACCACAAGAUCCACACUGAGGUGCAUUACAAGACAAUAGAAAUGAUGAUGAAUGCGCUGCGAAAUAUAAAGUAUAAUGAAAAUGGGACUAUGGAAAAGGACCUUCAACAGCAGCAGCAGCAACAACAACAACAACAACAACAACAAACGAUGGAUUUAGAGCUGGAUACUGGCUCGAGAUAUUAUCAACGACCGCAUUGGUAA